CCCAUCCAAUACGCAAACGGCAGCCCCCCGCCGCCACUGCCACACGCACAUCCAUCCGCCCACACACACAUGCAGCCCGUCAAGCCAAGUGCUUCAAACUACUCACCCGCUCUACUCGUCAGCUGUGUGUCUCCCUAGCUACAGAAUGCUGAUCAGGUGCAGCUCCACAUAAGGCGCCGCAGUGCCUCCUCCCUCGCAGCUGCAGCAGGGCAGCAUGAUGCGCCGCACCUCCCCCUCCCGCAUAGCCAUCAUCGCCUCUCGCAGCCACUCAUGCAGAUCGGACAGCUGGCGGAUCUCGCCCAGCCGCUGCUGCCUGCCGCCAAUGCCAUGUCCGACGGUGGUGUAGUCGUACACGACGGUCUGGUCGAUGGAUGUGGGUGUCCGGCCGGAUGGGCUGCCCUCGCGUAUCGUCUGAUGGAGUGCACCUGAGGGCAUUUCGGUGAUGGGGAAGCCACUGUGGCUGCUGAAUGCAUGUCUGUAUUCAUGAGCAGAGAACAAAGGGAAAGAAGCCUGCCUAGUGCUGCUCCCAGUCACUCAAUCACCCACCUGGUCUGUGUUUGUGUCUGUGCGCCAUGUUGUGUGGAUGUGGGUGUGUUGGCCAUGGUGACAUCGGAAUCAGCGGCCGACUGCUCCCCGACACACACACACACACACACACACACACAGAGAGAGAGAGAGAGAGACAGACGUGACGCACACACGAACACGAGCGGCGGGUCUGUGUGUAUUUGCUCACGCACCCUCUCAUGAUGCUGGCAAGCCGCAGCUCGACAUAUCCCUUCUCUGGCAGUAUAAUCCGCCGGGUCUCUCCCUCCCUCAUGGCCAUGAUCCGCUCCCUCAGCCACUCUCCCAUGUCCGUCACACGGCGCACCACCCCCCGCUGCUCGAAGUCUGUGUCGGUGUCGAAUCCGUCCCGCCAGGAGGCGAUGUCGUAUCUGACGGUGUCGUUGAGUGUCGGUCCAUUGCCGGUGCCGCGCUGCACAACUCUGUGGUAGGCGCCAGAUCGAUGGCGGACAAAUCCUUCAUGACCGCUGCAAACCCAUCACAGACACGCACAGCGCACAGAGAGAGAGAUGUGUCUCUGAUCCACACCGACCCUUCCCCAAAUGGACAUGUACGUGGGCGUGUGAGUACCUGUCCACAAUAUGGAUAAGCCGGAUGUGUGCGAAGGCGAAUCCAGGUGUGAUGAUCCGCCGGAUCUCCCCCGUACGCAUGGAAAGCAGCGCCUCACGUAGCCACUCCUGCGUGAAGUCCGCCACACGGGACUCCGCCCCAUGAGCGUCGAGUAUCGUCUGGGUGCCGUCAAAUGCGUCUCGCCACACACGGGCAUCGUACUGGACGGUCUGGCUGAGUGUGGGGCUGGUGCCGCAGCCCUCUGUGGUUGUGCGAUAGCGAGCACCCGAUGAGGGCGAUAAGGUGAAGCAGUCGUCACUGCACACACACACACACAAGGACAGCACACAGCCAUCCAUUCAUUAGAGAGUUGUUGUGCGUUGGCGUGCGUCCCAUCUGUCUGUGUCACCUGUGUGUUGUACCUACCUACCUUGUGGGUGUGUUGGAGGGGUGCUGAGUUACAUAGCCAUCCAGCAUACAGACAUCCGAUUCGCUGCACACACGCCACGCCAUCAGCAGACACAUACAUCCACGCAUCCAUCCUUCAUCUCUCUGUGUCAUCUAUGUGGCCCUUCUCAUGAUUUACCCACCUGCCGUCCGUCUGGGAAUUGGUUACCAUCUCAUUCGCCGACAAACCUCCAUGACUCGCCUUUCCCGGUGUGAGUGUGAGUGUGUGUGCCGUGGAAUGGGUCUGCAUGUCCGUGUCUAUGGGCAGCUGCGGGUGCGUCGGGGUGGGUGUGGGCAGCAAAGGCGGGGGGGCUGGUGGGUGAAUGACCAGCAACUUGUCUUGUGCUGGCCGCAUCUGCUGGUGAGGCGGGCUGUCAGCCUUGCGCUUUGUUCCUGUCCCUGCCAACGAUGCCGCGGUGGCACGUCGCCCCUCCUGAUCGAGCGACACAAACACACACAAUACACACAUAAUGAAACAGGAGCCGGCGAUGAUUUCAAUGAGUCUUUCUACCUUCAAAGCUAGCGCAGCUGCACAGCCUUCUGUGAAGGCCGCCGUUUUUUUCUCCUCUGCUGAUGCGAU